CUCCUGCGUGCCUCUGUCACAUCCUGCCAGGACCGGAAGUGUCUGGGAUUCUGCUCAAUCUCCAAAACAGUCGCUUGUAAAAAGGAGACAGAGCGAGAACCGUCUGCAUCUCUAUACACACACACACACACUCCAUCAUCAUCAUCAUCAUCAUCAUCAUCGCCCUCAGCCGGCUUCCAUUCAUGCAGAGACCAUCGGCACGGGACAUGCUCCACCAGGUCUGCGCCGUCGACCGCUUGGACACAGGAGAGGAUUAAGUUACUGCUGCUGGCGGAGGAUUAUUUUUAUUGGCCUGCUCUUGUCACGCCCGAGUCUUUUGGAGAUCCAUUUCCGAGUAAAGAGAGGCUGCCGAAAAAACGCCAGUUAUGUCUUUCCGGCGAGGUGUGGUCAGGCAGAGCAAGUUCCGCCAUGUCUUUGCUCAGGCGUGGAAGGCCGAGCACGGCAUCGACGACGUCAGAGUGUCCCGCGUGACGUGGGACACCUCCCUCUGCGCGGUCAACCCCAAAUUCAUCGCCGUUAUCAUCGAGGCGGGCGGAGGAGGAGCCUUCCUCGUUGUUCCCAUCAGCAAGAGCGGCAGAGUCGACCAGUCCUGCCCGACAGUGUGCGGCCACGCAGCACCGGUGCUGGACAUCCAGUGGUCGCCUCAUGACGACAACAUCAUUGCGAGUGCCUCAGAGGACUGCACAGUGAAGGUGUGGCAGAUCCCAGACGGGGGCUUGACAAGUCCAAUGACUGAGGCCAUUGUGACCCUGGAGGGCCACAGUAAAAGAGUGGGCAUCCUGGCUUGGCACCCAACCGCUUUCAACAUCCUCCUCACUGCAGGCUGUGAUAACGUGAUGUGUGUGUGGAACGUGGGGACGGGGGAGCUCGUGUACCAGCUGAGCGAUGCCCAUCCAGACCUGAUCUACAGUGUCGGCUGGAAUAAGGACGGCAGCGCUGUGUGCACCGUCUGCAAAGACAAGGCCCUGCGCAUCAUUGACCCUCGGAGAAACACCGUCCUCAAGGUCAGAGAGAAGGUCCAUGACGGUACCAGGCCUAUGAGAGCUGUGUUCCUCUCUGACGGGAAGAUCCUGACCACAGGCUUCAGUCGUAUGAGUGAGAGACAGCUGGCACUGUGGGAUACGAAAGAUCUCUCCGAGCCAAUGGCUGUGCAAGAAAUGGAUACGAGUAAUGGAGUUCUUCUACCCUUUUACGACCCUGACACCAACAUGGUCUACCUGUGUGGAAAGGGGGACUGCACCAUCCGGUAUUUUGAGGUGACGGAUGAAUCCCCGUAUGUUCACUUCCUCAGCCUGUACAGCAGCAAGGAGCCGCAGCGAGGGGCGGGCUUUCUCAGUAAAAGAGGCGUGGACGUCAACAAGUGUGAAAUCGCACGGUUCUACAAACUGCAUGAAAGAAAAGUGGAACCCAUCUCUAUGACUGUACCACGCAAGUCAGAUCUAUUUCAGGGAGACCUUUACCCGGACACAGCCAGCUCGGAGCCGGCUCUCCUGGCCGACGAAUGGAUCGCCGGGCAGGACGCGCCGCCGCUGUUGGUCUCCCUGAGCGGUGGCUACUCGGCUCCGCCAUCCAAGCACCGAGACACCCUCAGGAGCAAGCCCAAGCUUGCCUCACAGGACUCUGGUGCCCCGCCGUCGUCAGGCAACGUAGCAGCUCCCACAGCAGCGCCCACCAAGGAGCCGGAAGAAGAGGCGCCACAGCCACGAGUAGCCGUGAGAGAGACGGAUGGAAAUGCAGAGAGGCCGAAGAGAGAGGAUGACGUGCUGAACGAGUUGUUGGCAGAAAUGAAGGCUUUGCGCGCCGUCGUGCUCGCUCAGAGCCAGAGGAUCGAGCUGCUGGAGCGGCAGCUGGCUCGGAUUGAGGAUGGGGACGUAUGAGGACGCAGGAGAUUCACUACAUUCCGAGGGCAUUCCCUCUUAAUCCAUAGACCAUAGCCUUACUAGAAUCAACUGUACCUUAAGCUGUGUAAGUGGGAGAAUGUAGUGUACGGUAGCAACUAACUGUGAAUCACAGUUGCUUACGACUCAAGUCAACUAUUGCAGUGAAAACAGCCCUGCAGUUUGUUUCGGUGAGUUUUCCAGAUUGUGGUUGGAGAACAAGGCGUCAUCUGCGUAGCGUGAAGUUUAACAGUGAGAUAAUGUUUGGUUUUAUGAGGGAGUGUGGUAGCAGCGAUUUGGUGGUGCAUAUAUUGGAGCUUUGCAGAAUUCCAUGUCAUAAUUUUGAAGGUUUUUUCGAAGCAGUUACACCGGCACCAUUGCCCCAAAUUAAUGCACACGCUAGCAACAAGCGUUAUAUUCAAGCUAAUGAAGGUUCAUAUUCUAUAGCAAAGCAAUUAAGUACCUCUAAUAUGAUUUUCUUCCUUUCUGACGCACUCACAAAUGUAACCAUUAGGGCUAUUUAAUCAGGUAGUUAAAGCUGCUAAACAGUGAUGUCAUAUCAGACCCUCAAUCGUUACCCAUCUUGUGACUUGUGCUUUUGUUUAACUUGUAGGACGCUGUGUGUGUGAGGUUGACGGUAGGAAAAUCUUCUGGUGAACAAAUCUUGACCUGGACGGAGAGAUGUGUUGGAACGGUAGCCGAUGAGAGCGUAGCUAAAUAUUUAUGUGUCGUGUAAUUCCGUGUCGUCGAUGAAAAGGUACCGCUUGUGAAUUCGUACCUCGUGUUGUUCACGUCAUGAGGUGAGAUAUUUGUCCACAUGAAGAUAAAAAAAAAAUAUUACGCAGAAAAACACUCGCCCCUUAAGCUUCCUUGACACUUGUGAGUCGUGAAGUCUCCUGAGCAUUUUUUUUCAAAUACAAACCUUAACACGAGUUACAGUGCGGCCUCGCUGGUAACACACUAAAUAUAUAUUCGAAUCAUCAGUUUUACAGCCACAAGAAAGAGGGAGUUACACCGAAAUGUGACACAUUUUCUACAUUUUGCAUUUGUAAUGGUGUUGAAACUGAUUAUUUUUGUUUUUGUUUUUUUGUUUUACUUUUUGCCGGUACAUUUAAAGGCACUUAUAGCAUAGUAUACUCAUAAUGCAACAAUGGUACUUUUCACAUCACGCUUUUCCUUUCAUUCCUUUACUUGUGAUUUAUAUAUCUCAAUGCACUGACCUCCUAACACUAAUUGUGAAAGCGGUAGCAUUUAAAAUGAGACUACAUUGUGAAAGCUCAAUAAAUAUUCAUUCCUCCUUUGUA